AUGCCAGAAAUUGCCGCGGGAUCCAGUGGCCAUGCCGAGCGCCGAGAGCGCACUCGUCGGCAGGAAAAGCAGGCCUUUCUUGGAAUGAAGCUGGUGGAAACCAUUUGCUGCCUGAUUUGCGCCGGGCUGCACAUCCAGGGCUUCCUGCACUAUCCGGAACCGUUCCCGCACGAGAUGCUGUUCUGCGGUCUGUACGCAAGCUACUUUCUGAUCUCGUUCUAUUCGCUGCUGUUCCUGUACUGGGACUGCUGGGGGUUGAACUACACGGUCGAGGCGAUAGUGGCCGGUGGCGCAUUCCUGCUGUUCGUGGUGUCGGCAUUCGUUUCGAUGUACCACGCAGAAGCCGACAUCCAUCUGCAGUACCUGACGGACGAGGAGGAAUGGUAUCACCAGUUUUUUGUCUACUGCCGAUUGCAAAGCUUGGGCGCGACAAUUACGGCCCAAAUGUUUCUGGUGCACUGUUCGCUGGCGCUGGAUUUGGCCGGGUUGCUGGACCGCUGGUUUGGAGCAUUAGCCGGACGACGGUCCGUGGCAGAGGAUGAUUUACAAGAAGAUGUGCUAGCGAAUGAACGGUUGCAAAUCAACCCUUUCUGGAUGCCAGCAUUCGAAGGCCUUAUGAAGCGACUUCCGUGUGAGUGCCGUAAGUCCGAACCGGAUGGUUGA